CCCAGGCGAAAGAUCAAUUCAGUUCAGAAGGAGAUGGUUGUGAAGAUCGUCCAGUUACUGCCAUUGAGACUAUCGUCAUCACAGAGAAGAUCGUUCCUAAAACCCAAGGGAAGAAGAAAAAGAAGCAUGCGCAGCAUGGGACGACCAAACCAGAGAAUGAGCAACCGACUGACGUAGAGUGCAGAAGUGCUCAGAAGACCGUGAGUGACAAGACCGAGAACCUUGAUGUGAAGGUGACGACAAAUGGUCUGGAUAAACUAGCAUCUCAUCCUCCCACCAAUUUGGAUAUUACUAACAAAGAUAGCAUUCAGAGAGUCAUGUCAGUGAGACCCAAAGUACAGUCCAGUGGGAGUUUUGCAGCCAAGAUGGACCCUGUUGGCAUAAAUGCCACUCAGAAAGCCACUUCUAUAAAACUCAAAGUUGAUGCCAGUAAGACAGCCAUGAUGGAAAAUAAGACGUGCAGUUCAGAUUCUCUAAGCACGCGUUUAUCCAGCAUGCUGAAUGAAGACAUCAAGCGCAGGCGAAUCACAGACAAGUUGUCUGGAGCAGUUCCAAUAAGGACGAGGCCACAGCUGCCCGCAAUUUUCCGCCAGGCAAGAAAAGAUGGAGAAGAUACGACCAUGAGAGCUUACAGUGAGGUUGUCAAGCAGAAGACUCCGUCACCCAAAGAAGUUGUGGUUCCUCGUGUAGUCUCAGAGAUCCAGGCGGACCCAGUCCCUGACGACCCCAGAACAUCUUGCUUUGGUGCCAGUUCAGUCCUGUCCCACCCGAUGCCACCAUUAAGUGGACUAAAGAGGGAACAGUUCUGUCAGAGAUAAACAAAGUGGAGAAGAAGGAUGACAGCCGCUUCACUUUGACCAUCCUAAAGGCUUGUAGUAAAGAUCUAGGGCUGUACAAAUGCAGCCUAAACGCCGCCAACAUUUCUGUUUCGACCUCGGAGUACCAUCUCACGUCUGAGGUGCUGAUGGAACUAGUCAUUCCGAGUCAUGAUCAACCAGCUGAGCCCAGGAUUGUGGACGGCGAUGAGGAGAACAUCCAGUGCAGCCCACUUCUCUUCAAGGAAGAUUUUCUUUCGGAUCAAUACUUUGGAGAGAAUCAACCAGCGAGCAUCGUGACUGAAAAGGUCCACUUCGGUGAAGGCAUGCAUCGCAAGGCUUUCAGAACCACUCUCAGAGAAGGCAAUCUGCCGAGCUUCAACCCCGGCCAUCCCUGCGUCCUGAAAGUACACAAUGCCAUCGGCUAUGGGACCAAAAAUAAUGAGGAACUCGUCCAGAAGAACUACAGCCUGGCUGUGGAGGAAUGUCAUGUGCAGAAUACCGCCAGGGAAUAUAUUAAAGCGUACAAUAGUGUGGCCAAGUCUGCAGAAUCAUUUGGAGAGCUGCCAGAAAUCAUCCCGAUUUAUUUGGUGCACCGGCCGUCUAACAACAUCCCUUAUGCUACGCUGGAGGAGGAGCUGCUGGGAGAUUUUGUGAAGUACUCCGUGAAGGACGGGAAGGAGAUCAACCUGAUGCGCAGAGACUCCGAGGCAGGACAGAAAUGCUGCGCCUUCCAGCACUGGGUCUAUACUCAGACCGAGGGCAACCUGCUGGUCACAGAUAUGCAGGGUGUGGGUAUGAAACUGACAGAUGUUGGGAUUGCCACCUGUAAAAAAGGCUAUAAGGGAUUCAGGGGAAAUUGUGCCACGUCCUUCAUUGAUCAGUUCAAGGUUCUGCAUCUGUGUAACCGGUACUGUGAGCUUCUGGGCCUGACGUCCCUCCAGCCCAAGCCCAAGCCAAAACCAAAGCCAAAAACACAACCCGCGCCAAAGAAAAAAACCUUCGGUCCUGUACUGAGCGGCAAGUCCUGAUCACACAGAAACUGAACUUCUGCUAGUAGGAUAACUAGUGUUUUUGGCAUUUUUUUUUUUUUAUCAAUGAAGUCUUGCUCAGGGACGAACUUGUUUCUGAGCUGUUUCUUUAAAUGUAAGAUGACAUUCAUCUGUAAGGACAGUAGGGAGCUGACUUCUUUCUUGAGAGCUCUUUUGUGCCAUUUUAAAUGAGUUUAUUUUUUUA